AUGUCUCCACCGGUUAAGCUCAUCGGCUCGUUCUUCGGCAGCCCAUUCGUGCACCGCGCUGAGGCCGCCCUGCGCCUCAAGGGAGUUCCUUACGAGCUCAUCCAAGAAGACAUGGAAAACAAGAGCGAGCUGCUGCUGCAGCACAACCCCGUCCACAAGAAGGUGCCCGUGCUCGUGCACGGCGACCGCGCCGUCUGCGAGUCCCUCGUCAUCGUGGAGUACGUCGACGAGGCCUUCGACGGGCCGCCCCUCCUCCCCAGCGACCCCGCGGACCGUGCUGCCGCUCGUUUCUGGGCUCAACUCAUGGAUACCAAGUGCCGGAGGCCGUUAGUUCUGUCGUUCUUGACGGAGGGCGAGCUGCGGGAGGGGUUCCUCAGGGAGACGAAGGAGAAUCUGGCCCUCCUAGAGGCGCAGCUUGACGGCAAGAGGUUCUUUGGAGGCGACUCCGUCGGCUACCUGGACAUAGCACUCAGUGCACUUUCUCGUUGGACGGCUGUGUUUGAGGAGAUGACCGGCGUGAGCUUGGUGGGGGGAGACGACUUCCCUGGUCUCCGCCGCUGGGCGGAGGAGUACACGUCCAACGAAGCUGUGAGGCAGUGCCUACCGAGCAUGGAGCAUCUCAAAGCCCAAUUCUCUGCAAAGAAAGACAAGGUCAAAUCAGUGGCCAUGGGCCAUGGCGACGCUGCUGCUGGAGCAGUAAUCCGGUGA